CCUCCCUCUGGAUCAGGCUGCUCCAAGCCCCAUCCCACCUGGCCUGGAACACCUCCAGGGAUGGGGCAGCCACCACUGCUCUGGGCAACCUGUGCCUCAACACUCAGAGUGAAGAUUGGAGCUUUCCAGUGCAGGAAGGAAUUCCAGGAAAGCUGAAUAUAUGAAGAAGGGAAGGAAAGUCUCCCUCAACAGCCAUGUCUCUUUGAGACUGAUGUAGAGAUCUGUUUGAUUGAUGGUAGUUGCAAAAGUCCCAUUGAAAGAUUCUGGAAUGGAAGCAGUAUGUUAUAUGUUUUACAGAAAGCACAACACAAUGAAGACAGUGACCAAAUGGAAGAAUCAGAAACAGAUGGGGCUGUUUAUGCCUCUGAGCUUUUACCAAAGGAGAGUUCUGGACCAGUGGCUCUACCCUUCAGAAGAGCGAAGCAGUUGAUGUCCUUCUAUGCAAUGGCACAAAAUCCAAACGUGACCCACGUGACGAUAGGAGAGCUGGUUGUGCUUCCUCCCCUUUGGAUAAGAUGUGACGGUUCUGAUCCUGAACAUACUUAUUGGCUUGGAGCUGUGCCUCUCAAAGCUGGAAACAAAAUCACAGGCAUCAGUUUGUAUACCGUUACGUGUGAUGGUCCUACAGCCGCUAAAUCCUGUUCUGCAAACCUGGAAGAGCUCAAAAUGGAACAUAAAAUGAGACAUCAUUCAUCUGUUGUGAUGACAAAAGGAUUUGCUCGGUAUGAACUUAUUAGAGCUGCUGCAGUGGAGGACACGAUGAUAGAAUCCGAAAGCAAUAUCUCUGUUGAUAUUACGUGGGAUCCUGUGGCUAAGAUUCUGGAGACGCCCCCGCUGACAGCAGCUGCCAUGCUGAAUAUUAGCUUGGAGUCCGGGGACCCCAGAAGUCCAGUCUAUCAGCAGUACAGAGAGCUGCAGUUUCUUCUUGCUUUGGCUGAAGGAUUGAAGACGGGUGUGACUGAGUGGCCUGAGCCCUUAGAGUCUGAAUCGGCUGUUGAACUGGUCCAGGAAUUUCUGACUGGUUUAAAGAAACAACUGGAUGGAUAUUGUGUAUCUGGAGACACGAACAAAGCAGAGAAAAUCAAAUCUGACACUGCUGCUGUGAAUGGUUCAAUAAAAUCAAUCUUCAGUGAGCGAGAAGACCUGGAUUUUGCAGAACAGUUAUGGUGCAAAAUGAGAAGCGUUAGCUCCUAUCAGGAGGUGGUAGGGUGUUUAACAUUAAUCAGAAAAUCCCUGGAACUUGGUGAAAUACAGCCAUGGAUUCAUCAAGGGAGCAGCAGUUUGCUCAGUAAAUUGAUUCAGCAGUCUUACCGUGGAGAGAUGGAGGUUGUUUUCCUCAGUGGCAUCACUCCAGUUCAAAUGCUCUUGGAGAUUGGUUUGGAUAAGAUGAAGAAGGACUAUGUCAGUUUUUUUAUAGACCGGGAACUUGCAACAUUAACCUACUUGGAUUACUUCAUUUCCACAUCAGUAGAUCUAGAAGAACAAGUUCAUCGUGUUCAAAAGCUUCACCAUGUGCUGGAAAUAAUGGUCAGCUGUACAGUCCUACUUCAGUUUAAACAUGAGAACCUCUUCCCUUUGACACAAAUUUGCAUGAAGUAUUAUAAGGAAAACCCUCUAAAUGAGAAGCACGCAUUUCAACUGCCGAUCAGACCAGCACUUGUCGAGAAGUACUAUCAGAACGAUCACCCAGAACUGUGGAAGGUGGACAUCAGUAGUGGGCGUGGGCAGAAGGAGGUUAGAACAACAUGGCAAGUUAGUACUGAUCGUCCAGCUGAACAUAUGACAUCAAACAAUACAAGUCUCUAUUCUGAUUCCACAGUUAAUGAAUUUGCUGAAGAAAGAAUGUAUUUUAUUACAGUGGCGAAGUGCAGUCAGGUCCCUUUCACAUAAGCAUGUUACUCUACAGGCAGGCACUUGAAAGGUACAGUAAAGAGGACAUUUCAGUAUUAUGUGUCCCAACAAUGUAUUUUUAUUUACACGCCCAUAUAUGUAUAAUAGAGAAGAUAUUUUUGUUCAUAUAUUUAGAAACACUUAAUAAAGUUCUGUGCUUUGGAGUUUUGAAUUUUAUUUUUGUUCAUUAAGAAUGCAAUCGGACAGUGUUCAAAGUGUGAAUUACUUUAACCCAACAGAAGAAGCAAUAUUGUCAUGUUUUCCUGGUGGCAAGUGACAUUUCAUCAUCCAGAUCUAUUCGGAAAGCUCUUCAUCCAUGGCAUUGUGAACUUCUGACAGUUUGGUUUUCGUUGUUCCUCUGUUUGUAUUUUGGAAUAUUCUUGGAUAGUCUUUUCUCUAGAAAUUCAUUUUUUUUCCUUGAUGCCAGGUGAAUUAUUUCAAUGCUGGUGUCCUGUAUACUUCUGGAUAAUUUUUGGAUAGAAAUAUUCAGUAUACUUGGCCAGGCAUAAUAACUUAAAUACGUCAAGAUUAAUUCCUAACAAUUGCUUAUGCUCUUAUGUUGAUUAGACAACAUCUAUAACGUUUUGGCAGUGUAAGUUUAAACAACUACAUAGGAUAGUUUGUGCUGAUUAACUAAUUUGUGAAAGAAACAUUUUACGUUGGGAGAGAAAUGUUUUGCAUAAAAGAAGCUAUUAACUAUUGGUAAAUAAGAAUAAGGAAACACUCAUUAUUCACCCUUUAUAAAAACUAUAAAUUUCUGUAACGUCUGUUUUUUCCUCAGUAAAUCUUAUCUCUUAUCCCUUUCCUCAUAUUACAUCUCAGUGACUAUCAGUUUAAUAGUUAAAGCCUUUGAAGAGAAGCUAAGAACGAGGCCAGAUUUUGAGUUUAUAUGCUGCUGCACUGCAUUCAGUAGGUGCAUAUGCAGCAUUGAAACUAUACUGCAGGUUAAUAGGGAAACUUGUUUGUUGUUUUGUGUUAAAGGAAUAAUUUCAAGCACAACCGAAAGACAAAU